AUGUGCAGCUCUCGACGUGACGAGCCCUCCGGCUCGACCAAUAUCCACGGCCGCGAGGUCCUGCCUACCAAUGUCAAGCCAGUGCACUACGACUUGACCUUGGAGCCGGACUUUGAGACCUUCAAAUAUAAUGGAACUGUCACCAUCGACCUCCAGGUCAAUGAGGACACCGACUUUGUCUCUCUUAACUCCAACGAGAUCGAAAUCCACAGUGCUACCAUUCGCUCCAAUGGCUCUGUCAUCGAGUCAAAGCCCGAGAUCAUUGUCAACAAGGAUACCCAGGUCGCUACCGUCCAGUUCAAGCAGGCUCUCGCCACCGGUGCCGAUGCCCAGCUGACCCUCACCUUCACUGGUAUUUUGAAUGACAACAUGGCUGGUUUCUACCGGUCUUCAUACAAGAAGGAUGGCAAGACCGAGUACAUCGCGUCAACUCAGAUGGAACCCACCGACUGCCGCCGUGCCUUCCCUUGCUUUGAUGAGCCCGCUCUCAAGGCCAAGUUCACGGUGACCCUGAUUGCCGAUAAGGAUAUGACCUGUCUGAGCAACAUGGAUGUUGCUUCCGAGACUGAUGUCAAGGAUGGUGCUAAGAAGGCCGUCAAGUUUAAUACCUCUCCCGUCAUGUCCACCUAUCUGGUUGCUUUCAUUGUGGGUCGCCUGAACUAUAUCGAGACCAAGAACUUCCGCGUCCCCAUCCGUGUCUACGCUACCCCGGAUCAGGAUAUUGAGCACGGUAGUUUCUCCCUCGAGCUUGCUGCCAAGACCCUGGCUUUCUACGAGAAGGCCUUUGAUAGUGAUUUCCCUCUGCCCAAGAUGGACAUGGUGGCCGUGCCCGAUUUCAGCGCCGGUGCCAUGGAGAACUGGGGUCUCAUUACCUACCGCAUUGUCGAUCUCCUGCUCGAUGAGAAGACUAGCGGUGCUUCUCGUAAGGAGCGCAUUGCCGAGACUGUCCAGCACGAAUUGGCCCACCAGUGGUUCGGUAACCUGGUGACCAUGGACUUCUGGGAUGGUCUGUGGCUCAAUGAGGGUUUCGCAACCUGGAUGUCCUGGUACUCCUGCAACGCCUUCUACCCCGAGUGGAAGGUCUGGCAGACCUAUGUCAUUGACAACCUGCAGAGUGCCUUGUCUCUUGACUCGCUGCGUUCUUCUCACCCUAUCGAGGUCCCCGUUAAGCGUGCCGAUGAGGUCAACCAAAUCUUCGAUGCCAUCUCUUACUCCAAGGGCUCCUCCGUGCUGCGCAUGAUCUCGAAGUACCUUGGUGAGGAUGUCUUCCUCCAGGGUGUUCGUGCUUACAUCAAGAAGCACGCCUACGGCAACACCGAGACUGGUGACCUGUGGUCCGCUCUGGCUGCCGCCAGUGGUAAGCCCGUCGAGUCUGUUAUGGACAUUUGGACCAAGAACGUCGGUUUCCCUGUCAUCAGUGUGACCGAGAACCCUGCUUCCUCUUCCAUUAGCCUGAAGCAGAACCGCUUCCUGCGUACCGGCGAUGUUCGCCCCGAGGAGGACCAGACUCUCUACCCUUGCAUGCUUGGCCUGCGUACCAAGGAGGGCGUUGAUGAGAACACUAUGUUGACUGACCGUGAGGCUGAGUUCAAGGUUCCCGACCUUGACUUCUUCAAGGUCAAUGCUGACCACUCUGGUCUUUACCGUACCUCUUACUCCCCCGAGCGCCUCGCUAAGCUCGGUCAGGCUGCCAAGGACGGGCUGCUGACCACCGAGGAUCGUGCUGGUAUGAUUGCCGACUCCGGUGCUCUGGCUUCCUCCGGUUACCAGAAGACCUCCGGUCUGCUCUCCCUGCUCAAGGGCCUCGACACCGAGACCGAGUUCAUCGUGUGGAACGAGAUGCUCACCCGCAUUGGUGUUCUCCGCGCUUCCUGGGUCUUUGAGGACAAGCAGAUCAAGGAUGCCCUCACUGCCUUCCAGCGUGAGCUGGUCUCUUCCAAGACCCACGAACUCGGCUGGGAGUUCUCCGAUAAGGAUGGUCACAUCCUCCAGCAGCUUAAGGCUCUCAUGUUCGGCUGUGCCGGUACCGCCGGUGACCCUGUUGUCGUCAAGGCUGCGCAGGACAUGUUUGCCCGCUUCGCUGCCGGCGACCACUCUGCCAUUCACCCCAACAUCCGUGGCAAUGUCUUCAGCAUUGUCCUGAAGUACGGUGGUGCCAAGGAGUACGACGCUAUUCUGAAGCGCUUCCGUGAGGCCCCUACCUCUGAUGAGAAGACUACUGCCCUCCGCUGCCUCGGUGUUGCCGAGGACCCGGCUCUCGUUCAGCGCACUCUUGCCCUUGCCAUGAGCGAGGAGGUCAGGAGCCAGGAUAUCUACAUGCCCCUGGCUGGUCUCCGUAACCACGUUACUGGUAUUGAAGCCCGCUGGGCCUGGUUGAAGGAGAACUGGGAUGCGAUCUACAAGCGUCUGCCUCCCUCGCUGGGCAUGCUGGGCACUGUUGUGCAGCUUUCUUCCUCCUCCUUCUGUACUGAGGCUCAGUUGAAGGAGGUCGAGGAGUUCUUCAGUGCCAAGGACACCAAGGGUUACGACCGUGCCGUCUCCCAGAGCUUGGACGCCAUCCGCGCCAAGGUCAACUGGCUGCAGCGUGACCGCGAGGAUGUCGAGUCCUGGUUGAAGAACAACCAGUACUUCCAGAGCAAGCUGUAA